GACGCAGCGCAGCUUUAAUUCUAUUCCGGACCGCUAAGUUUAGCAUUCAACACGUGUCGCCAGCGAUGGAGGGGAGGGAGGGAGGAGAGAGAGGGAGAGAGAGGGGGAGAGAGAGGUUGACGGUUGCUAGGUGACGGGGCGCAUAUACUGAAUUUUAACAAAAGGAACGGGGAAAAGAGGGAGAGCCGGUGAGAGAGAGAGAGAGGAGAGGAGAGGAGAGAGGGAGGGAGAGAGGUGAGGAUGCGAGCAGCGGAGUCCAUGUAGAACAUAUCUAGAGAUUUACAUUUAUAUUUCCACGGCGUGCGUGUCCGUGUGUGAGUGUGUGUGUGUGUGUGUGUGUGUGAGUGUGUGGCGGCGGCGGCGGCGUUGGAGGGGGGUGGGGGGGAGGACACCCGCAAAACGGAUACCUCAAAAAAAAAAGAAAAGGAAGGAUGUGAAAAAGGAUGGAGGGACGCAGGAAAAGAAGAGGGGGGACCGGCGGCUGCUGCUGAGAAACGGCGCCCUCUCUUAGUGCGAUAUAUAUCUGCCUCCCCCCCCUCGGCAGGUUGCCAUGGUCGCCAUACCCACUCUCUCUCUCCUGUUGGUCCUGGCAGAGUGGGCGGGUCCGGUGGAAGCGUCCCCCCACCUCCUGCUCCGGCCGAGCCCUCGGGAGCGCGACGCCGGGGCCAUGAUGAACUUCAACAUCGCCGUGAUCCACGCCGGCGCUACGGUGCAGGCGGAGGCGGCGGUGGCGGGGCCCGGGGGGAGGGUGCUCUACCCCGGCUUCGGUCGGGUCUACGGCUCCCUGGGGGAGAGCGUGGUCACCCAGUGGGGUUCUGCUAACGUCAUCUGGCUGCAGGUGAAUGACAGCAGUCCAAAGACGGUGCUGUCCCAGCUGUGUGAGCUGCUGGCGGCGCGGCCCCUGCAGGGUCUGGUCUACGAAGAGGAGCGGCCCCCCAGGACCGCCUGGGGCCCUCUGGCCCCCAUGCUGGAGUUUGUCUCCGCGCAAACAGGACUGCCCAUAGUGGCUGUAGGAGGGGGAGCGGGGCUGGGGAGGAUGCCACAGGAAUCAGGUUCCAUCUUUCUCCAGUUCAGCUCCUCCACGGCGCUGCAGCUGGAGGUCAUCUUCGAGGUGCUGGAGGAGUACGACUGGACCGCCUUCUCCGUGGUGUCCACCCGUCACCACGGCUACCAGGACUUCCUGUCGGUGGUGGAGGGCCUGACGGACGGCUCGUUCAUCGGCUGGGAGAAGAAGAGCGUGGUGAUCCUGAACGUGACCGACGACCCCGGCGGGGCUCGAACCCGCCGCCUGCUGAAGGAGAACGAGGCGCAGGUGCGUCUGCUGUACUGCUCCCAGGAGGAGGCUGAGCUGGUGUUCCGGGCCGCCUGGGCCGCCGGUCAGGCCGGAGCGUCCCACAUGUGGUUCGCCGUGGGCCCGGCGCUGUCGGGUCUGGGCAUGGAGAGCCUGCCCCGGGCCCUGUUCGCCGUCAGGCCCCAGGGCUGGAGGGACGAGCCCCGCCGGAGGAUCGCCAGGGGGGUGUCGGUGCUGACCCACGGGGCCGUGGCCAUGAGGAAGGAGUACGGGACCACCGGGGGGCCCAACUUCGUCACCAACUGCAUGACGGACGCCAACCAGACCCAGAGGCUGAGAGGGAGGAUGAGGUACUUCAGCAACAUCACGCUGGGCGGCAGAGAUUACUCCUUCAACAUGGACGGAUACCUGGCCAACCCCUUCCUGGACGUCAUCUCCUGGACCCCUGGACGAGGAUGGGAGGAUGUAGGCUGGUGGGAGAACGGCGUGCUGAGGCUCCGGUAUCCCGCCUGGUCGCGUUACGGACCGUUCCUCAAGCCUCCCGACGACGCCCAGCACCUCCGAGUCGUCACCCUGGAGGAGAGGCCGUUCGUCAUCGUGGAGCUGGCCGAUCCGGCGUCCGGAACCUGCAUCCGGGACUCGGUGCCCUGCAGGAGGCCGCUGAACGCCAGCGCCAUCCAUGAAGGCGUGGCUCCCAUGAAGCAGUGCUGCAAAGGUUUCUGCAUCGAUAUCCUGAAGCGGCUGGCCAAGAUCGUGGGCUUCACCUACGACCUCUACCUGGUGACCAACGGGAAGCACGGCAAGAAGAUCGACGGCGUUUGGAACGGCAUGAUCGGAGAGGUGGUGUACAAGCGAGCGGACAUGGCCAUCGGCUCGCUGACCAUCAACGAGGAGAGGUCGGAGGUCGUGGAUUUCUCCGUCCCCUUCGUGGAGACGGGGAUCAGCGUCAUGGUCUCCCGUAGCAACGGAACAGUCUCACCGUCCGCCUUCUUAGAACCCUACAGUCCGGCCGUGUGGGUGAUGAUGUUCGUCAUGUGCCUGACCGUGGUCGCUGUGACCGUCUUCAUCUUUGAGUUCUUCAGCCCCGUCGGCUACAACCGAAGUCUGCAGACCAGCAAGAAGGCCGGAGGCUCCACCUUCACCAUCGGGAAGUCCGUGUGGCUGCUCUGGGCCAUCGUCUUCAACAACUCGGUGCCGGUGGAGAACCCGAGAGGAACCACAAGCAAGAUCAUGGUGCUGAUUUGGGCCUUCUUCGCCGUCAUCUUCCUGGCCUCCUAUACCGCCAACCUGGCCGCCUUCAUGAUCCAGGAGGAGUACAUCGACACGGUGUCGGGCCUCUCAGACAAGAAGUUUCAGCAUCCCGAGGAGCAGUACCCACCUCUGAAGUUUGGAACGGUGCCCAACGGCAGCACCGAGAAAAACAUCCGCUCCAACUACCCGGACAUGCACCAGUACAUGGGCAAAUACAACCAGAGAGGGGUGGAAGACGCCAUCCUCAACCUGAAGACCGGGAAGCUGGAUGCUUUUAUUUAUGAUGCUGCAGUGCUGAACUAUAUGGCCAGGAAGGACGAAGGUUGUAAGGUGAUGACCAUAGGCUCGGGGAAGGUUUUUGCCACCACAGGCUACGGUAUCGCCCUGCACAAAAACUCACGCUGGAAACGUCCUCUUGACCUGGCACUGCUGCAGCUGGUGGGAGAUGAUGAGAUCGAGAUGCUGGAGCGCCUCUGGCUGUCUGGAAUCUGCCACAACGAUAAAAUCGAGGUGAUGAGCAGCAAGCUGGACAUCGACAACAUGGCUGGAGUUUUCUACAUGCUGCUGGUGGCCAUGGGCCUCAGUCUGCUGGUGUUCGCCUGGGAGCAUCUGGUCUACUGGAAGCUCCGCCACUGCAUGGCCACCAGCUCCGGCAAACUGGACUUCCUCCUGGCCAUCAGCAGAGGUAUGUACAGCUGCUGUAGCUUCGAGGAUGAGACGGCACCGGGCGGAGCCAAAUCUCUGCCAUCGCAUCACCACGCCGCGAUGGUCACGGUGCCAUCGCAGCCGCACGUCGUCUCCACGACGAUGACCAACCCAGCCAUUGCCAUGGCGCAACAGCAGCAGCAGCAGCCGCAGCAGCCACAGCCCGUCUACAAGACGCCUCUGCCGGGCUCUCCUCCCACCGUGGUGCAUUCUGGGACGGCACUGGGUCCCUCCAACACCCCCAUCGCCGGCGCACCCCUUCCGUGCUCCACCUUCCUGCCCCGGCCGGACCGCCGGCUAGCCGUGGUGGAUCGCUGGAGGCUUCCAAAGUCGGCCACGGCCACCAACCCGAUGGCCGUGAGGGGGGGCAUCGCCGACAUGGGACCCUUUGCUCAGAAAGUCCCACCAAACUGGGCUUCGACUGCUGGAGGGAGUGGGGGGCUAGAAGGCUAUAAGAGGUACUAUGGUCCCAUUGACCCUGAGGGACUGGGGCCCUGCAUGGAGCAGCAGGCAGGGUCCCAGACCCCCAAGACUAUGCCAAGGGGCCACCCCCAGCCCCCUCCAGCCAGUGUGGCCUUCUACUCAGAGAAGGGCAUGGACCACGGGGUGGGGAAGAGGGUGGUGGGAGGUGGCAGCGGAGGUCCGGGGAAGGGGGCUGCUAAACCUCUGGGCACGCCCAGACAGCCUCCUAAGAGCCAGGCCCCUCUGCCCCCUACACCCCCGCUGCCACACCCCUCUCCCCCUCUCCCCUCAUCCUUCUGGAGGAAGCGCCGGCCCAAGAAGCCCAAAGAACCCGGCGGGCCGCUGUACGAGAACAUCCUGCCGCUGGGCCGGAGGGGGGGAGCGCGAGACGGGGGGGUGAGGGAGGGAGGAGGCAGAAGGGCCCGCCCCCUCUCUCCCCCGCUCUCCCUCCCGGUCCCGGUGCCCCUCAGCCCCUCCUACACCCCGCCCUCCCCCUCCGUGUCACUGCACUACACGUCUUCGUCCUCGUCCUCGACCACCUCAUCCACGUCCACCUCCUCCUCCGCCUCCUCAUCCCGCUCCUCCUCCCCCACCUACUCCUACAGCUCCUCCAGAAGCACCAGGGACCGCACCGGCGGCAUCGACGGCGAGGAUGACGACGACGACGACCAGCUGACAGAGGAGUCCAGCCUCCUGCUGGGCCGGGGGAGGGAGAGGGAGCGCUCCAUCAUCCGGCCUCGGUCCCUCAGCCACGGCCGCCUGCCGCCUCCCAUCCCGCCCAGGAAACCUCGCACCUUCUGGGGAGACCGAGAGAGGGAGCGGGAGCGGGAGAGGGGAGGCAGCCAACUGUCGCAGCUCCAGGAGUGGUGGGCGAGCUGGAGCGAGAGGGAGAGGGGUGGACCGGGGGGAGAAUCCGAGAGGCAAAAGAGGGAGAAGAAGAGGAGGAAAGAGAAGGAGAAGGAGAAGAAGAAAAAGAAAAAGAACAAAAAGAGGAAAAAGAGGGAGGAGAGGGAGAGGGAGCGUGAGAGGGAGAGGAAGCGCAGGAAGGUGAAGAAGAAGAAGAAGAAGGCGCUGAAGACAAAGAAAAGAAAGAAAUCGACCGGAGGGAAACGUUCAGAGCCGGAGGAGGGAGACGUAGAGGCAGAGAGGGAAGGGGAGGCCGAGGGAGACAGGGAAGGAGGGAUGCAGGACUACUCCUCAUUUUCUGCCCAGUAUCGGGGCACAUUCGGGGACAAGGGUCGGGACUCAUGGGAUGGCGAUAGAGGCAGGAGGGAAGGAGCAGAGGAGGGCAAUGACCGGGAGGAGGAGGACAGCAGCAGGAGCAGGGAGAGGCGACCCAAAUCCUCCCACUCCCACUCCAGACACCGAACGCCCAGCAAGCGCUACCCCAACCUGAACAAGCUCCCGGCGUCCGUCAAGUUCUGGGUGAACGGGCGAGGAGAUAACACUCCUCCCACCUCCCUCCAUCCUCUUCUCCCCACCUCCAAGCGGCGGCGGAGCGGAGGGAUGGACCGGGAGGACAGCGGCCGACUCGGCGAGCGGCGUCCUCUGCUGAUGCAUUAUGAGAAAGAGAAAACACAGACGAGAGAAGGGCUGUCCUUCCCCGAGUGGGACUCCGAGGACGACGACGAUGACGAUGAUGAGGAGGAGGAGGAGGAGAGGGAUAGGGUGAGGGAGCGGGUGGAGGAGAGGGGCAGGAGGGCAGGUAGGGGGGCAGUUUCAGAGUCAGAGAGGGACAGGGCCAGAGCAGAGGACAGCUACUCGGACGAGGGUUCAUCGGGGGAGUUUGGUCGGUUUGAGAGGUACUGGGAGGGAGGUGAGGGCGGCAGCAGCGGAGGCAUCGGGGGAGGCUGGUUCUUCGGCACUUACCCCUCCAGGGAGAAAGGGGGCAGCAUCAACAGCCGAGAAGAUUCGCUGCUGGGAACUCGGGCGGAGGGCUGGAUCAGUACGGAUUUCUGGGGGUCGGGGCCUGGCAUCGGCUGGGGGUCCGGGGGUGGAAGCGGAGGCCUGGGCUCACAGUGGCCACCGCCCCCGGCUGCCUUCCCUCCGCCCCGGAGAUACUGGUCCAUGGACAAGAUUCCCGUGAAGGGAGAGAAGAAGUGGAAGAGCGGCGGAGGGAAGAGCAAAGGCCGGAGCCGGGAUCGAGGGGACGAAGCAGGACGGGCCACCAUGUGCUCCUGCAGCCUUUACCCCCAGCCCCACCCCUACCCCCACUCCCACAGCCGCUCCCACGCCUCCCACUCCAAGAGAGGAGCCGCGGCGCUGUCCCACAGCCAGGAGGAGCUGCUCCCCCACUGCCACAGCUUCAGCGGGGGCUCCCGUCCCAAGCCUCUGCCCCCCAAACCAGAUCAGGCCAAAUCAGGCAGCCAGUCUAACCUCAGCCUCAGCACACAGCCCACAGACCACCCGCCUCAGCCCUCCCCGUCGCCGCCCCAGCAGCCCUCCAUGUCUCCCACUUCCCUCCCGAUUCCCAUCCCGCCUCCACCCUCCUCGUCCUCUGUGUCACCACCAGCAGGGGUCGGGAUGGCGGGUCAGGCUCAGGCCUCCGCCAGCGCCAAGCUCCAGUAUCAGAGACUGCGCUCAGUGCCACAGCCACGGAGGUUCUACUCCCCCCACCUGCCUCUCAAAGCCAAGAGCCUGUGCUCACGUCGAGGGUCGGCCCACUUCUCCAGCCUGGAGAGCGAGGUAUGACAGGGGGACAGGAGAGAGGGAGACGUGGGAGCGAACACCACUGCGAUUGAGACCCACGGCACCGUGGCAGCGGGAGGCGGGGACGACGACGCUGCGGCGACUGUCGGGGAUCAACUGGACACCAUCACUUCGGGAACUGACGUGGACGGCAGCUCCGUCGGCGCUCCAUGUGAGAGCGACGCUGCCGCCACCCGCUCCAUCGUACGUGUCCUCGUGAGGGCGACGGUGAGACGCCACACCAGGGUGAGCUACGUCUGUCUGGACAGUUCCCACGAGGACGAGAGCGAAGGCGAGGCUGCGUCGCCGGGGACGACGGCCCCAGAACUUCUCCUCUGCUCAGAGAUGAGCUUUGUGAUGUCAUCUUCGGUUCUCCUCCCCUCCCCGAGUCACAACUGUGGAUAACAGUAGUCUCCAACCUGUGAGUAAUGAUGUCAUGUUUGCACACACACACACACACACUCACACACGCACACACACACACACACACACACACACACACACACACACUGAUGAUGCUCCGAACGUCUCCCUCCCUCUGGCUUUGAACUCACCUCGUGGGAUGAGGAGGGUCCCACCUUCUCCCAAAAAGAUGCCAGUGAUUGGUCACUAGAGUCUGGCUCCCUGUCCUCAUUGGCUGUUGGCUCUGACCCGGACUGGCAGACUGCUUCUCGGAGAGACUCGUCGCUCUUCUUCCCUUUUGUAAAUCAGUCGAAAAGCAAUGCAGUCACCUCUCGUGCACUGCCUGCCUGGCCACCGCUCGCCGGGCAGUACCGCCUGUUUGACCUCAUGACGCCAUGAGACCCAUCUAGCUCUACCCCAGGACCAUUUACGUGAUGUCAUGUUUUACUAGAAAAACCCUUUUAACCAAUCAGAGUGAACAGGAAACGCUCCUCCUCUGCCCCGUCGGAGCUUGUCGCCUCCAGUCCGACCAGAACUCAAAGAAAACUGAACUUUAAAAAGAGAAAUCACGCUAAGAACAAAAAAGACAUGUAGCAGAUUUUUUCUUUCACGUCUGUCUUUUCUUUCGUAUUCGGACUUUUUCUCCCCCUCCCCGUCCCCUCUUUUUUAUUCUAUCAGUAUACUUCUCUGACUGCGUUAGUGUUUUAAUAAAGAGGAGGCUGGAUGUGGCUAGUGUUGGAAGUUGGAACGAUUCCACAGCAGUGCCAAAUUUCCACUUAAGAGCUUUUAAGCAUGAUUUAAGCAUGACGGUUCUCAAGUAAUUUGCUUUCACAGAUAAAAAAAAAAAAAUCCCAUCUUAACAUAAUUCACCCUCAUGCAAGUGGAUCAAGGGGGAGGGGGAGGAUUGAUGCAAUAUCUGUAAUUGACACUAGAUGGCUGCAUAAUAUUCAAAUGAGCUCCAGACACAGUUGUGCAAAAGGCUUCUGGUGAGUUUAAUCAUUGUGGCUCUGCGAUGCAGAGCAGCGGGUUGAACUUUAUUACCUUUAUAAAAAGUGGCCAGUCAGGAUUUAUUCUCCGGAAUAAUCGAGCGCGGUGCAUCGCAGGAGCCCUCCGAGGACAUGGCUCUGUGUCGCCGUUAUAUUGUACCCGUGCAGAGUUUGUAGAUGAUGGAUUAUACGAAGCACAAUUCCUUCAUUGUAUUCCUCAGCUGUAAAUGCACAAUCACGCUCACUCGGUGGAAAUUAUCUCCUUUUUUUUCUCUUUUCUUUUGCAAAUAAGACUGACUGAAUGACAUACUGUGAAUGCUUCGAGGUGCACACACACACACACACACAGCAGCUGAGACUUCAGUUGGCGAUAAAGUCCCGUUAUCCAGAUUAUCAGAUGACUGUUUGACUCUGAGCAAUAUUCCCACCUUCAAUGUGACAGGGAUUCCACGGCCGGCGCACCUUUUCUGCAUCUGUGCAAAAAAAAAAAAAAGAGAGAUAAAUUUAAAAAAACGCCUCUAUCAGAGUCUGAUGUCACUUUCUCACCGGUGUUGAAGAAAUUUCACUCUUAGUCCUUGGAAGUUUGCUGUAGUGGGGUGUUUGUUGGUAUUAAGGUAUACGGUGGGCUUUCCAACACAAAGCAUGAGUCUGUGAAAGCAAGCCGACCCAGAACAUCUGGAAAGUACACAAUUUAUAGGGAUGGUCAGAGGGUAUUGAGGGGUGAAUAGUGGUUAAUUUGGUUGCUAAUCAGUGACAGAGGGUGUUAUGACCCAACCGCUAGGGUCUGAUAACCAGAUGUAGUUAGUUUAAGUAAAGCAAUUUAUUGCUCAGUGACAAAUUAAUGCAAAAGAACAGUGGUACUACAAAGAAAAGAGGGCUGGUGGAUGCUGCCAAAUCAAAGAACCAAAUAAAACCACGACAGCUAACAGAGUGUGUAAACUAGCUUAACUAAAGCAAAGCAACUAAACUCCUUAGCCAGACUUAAAUACAAUAGCAUCACCCACCACAAAAAACAGAAACUAAUACAAACGAGCGCUGAGUGUGCAUAAAUAACUAAAACUGGUGUCUCUAAACACACACAUUUAACACACAACAUGCGACGAUCAAGUCACAAGUAGCUUCUCGCCAAAGUUAGCGGGCUGCUAACAGUAGCUCUAAAUGUCCUUAAUCACCCCUAAAUGGCUACAUAGGAACACAAACAAAACACAGAGGCACCCGGGCGAACAGAUUGUCAGACAACAAAGAACAGAAGGUCAAUGAAUCAAGAGAUCUGGCAAACAGUUGCAAAAAGAGAUGAGAGGUCUAGCAGACAGUAGAAAAAAACAAAAGAUAAAAGAAUUGUGGAUAACUGUGGGAAGUGGGAUGAAGGAGUGACACUAGUAUCUGUAGGAAAAGGUGUGCUAUUUUCUUCAUCACCGGCAAGCGGAGAGAUUUCAUCUAAUUUGGUCGAACGCGAUGAAUCAGCGCACCCAGCUCGGUGAUUUGUGGCGUCGUGCAAGCCGUGCCAAAAGCCAUCUAACUGUGUGAACUCCAUGAAGUUGGCAGCGUCUCUCACACUAAGACCAGCCACAGCCCAGCUCUUCUUCUGUCGUAGGUGAAUGUAGCUUUGACAUGAUGUAGCAAAAAGAAACACCCACUCUUAGACUCUGUAGCUCUGUGGACGGAGGCCGGACGGACGGAUGGACGGACGGAGGCCAGAUGGACGGACGGACGGACGGACGGACGGAUGGACAGACGGACGGACGGGGCCGUGUUUGUGCAUGUCGUCACAGAUCGAAGGGUUAGUCGACCUUCUUUUUAACUCCAGACUGUACCUUUUAUCUGCACAUGGAUUGCUUUUUUCUACGCGGGGGGCAGUUUUUAAAAAGUCUUUGUUUCUACAGAUCCCACCCCCCAACCCACCCCACCCCCGGAGUCAUUGCAUGUUUAGCUGAAUGAAAAAUCUCAGAGGUUUGUGGUUGGGAGGGUUUGUUUAGUUCAAGUGUAGCUUAAACGCUUAGGACCCAGGACCAGAGCUCGCUCUACUCUGCACCCCAGCAGUGGAAACCACGGCAACAGUUCGACUGCUUCACGUGUAGUAGAACACAGAUUAUUUUCAACCAAUCAACAGGGCUUAAACCUGGUGUGUCACUGAGCAUUAUUGAUUUCUAUCAAGGCGCUAAUACUUAAGUCUGUGACUGCAUGAACAGAAGUGACUCAAAAAAAAAAAAAAAACCCUCUGGCUUAUUUAGUUUUCCUUUAUUUUUGAUUUUCUUGCUGAGAAAAAAGAAUAUAUUAAAAUAUACUAUGUUUUUGAGAAUGUACCAUGUUAUACUGUGAUUUAACUGAGAUAUUUUAUUGUAUUCAUUUGAAUUCUAUCAUUUAUCUAUAAAGAAAUAUAUAUGUACAAAUAAAUAUAUACAUAUAUAUACACACAGGUAUAUAUAUAUAUUAGUUAAGUUUGGUAUAUUUGGAGGAAGUGUUAGAUGAAAUAGUUUUAAAUGUUUUAGCUUUGUAGCAAUUCUAGACACUGAAAUCAUUUUUGAAUUUUGAUUCCUCCUAUAUGACUGUGAAGACAUUAGUGCCUGUGACAAAAAAGACAAGUAAAAGUCUAAACUCUAUUCAUCUGUAUCUACUAUAGCUAUCAGUCUGUCAUUCCUCUAGUACUACCUAAUAUUACUUUCUCACAUCAGUAUGUUCCUCUCACUCCAUCUGCUGCUCUCCUUUCCUUCCUCCUGGUUUCUCAUUAAGAGGCGACGAACAUCCUCCACCUCUCCUCCUUUAAAAAACUCCACGCCGAUCACAUCUCUCUCUUAAUUAAUCCAUCCAUUGACCUUUGCUUUCCUCCUUUGAUCACUUUCUUUCUUUUUUUCCCACAAUCAGCUCAUCCCUCUGUCUGUCUCUCACUUAGCAAAAAACAGAGACCAGUAGAUACUGUGUUCUUGCUCCUUUUGACUGAUUGUUGAUGAUGAUGAUCAAUUAACUGAUUGAUGAAAUAAUUAAUGAACAAUGUUACUCUUACUGAUGUGACUGAAGUGUGUAUCUGACGACCACACCACUGUAGCAAGUCUGGGCUGCACCACACCACCAGCGAGCAAGUGGGGCCUCAGUUGCUAUGGUGUUGCCAUGGCGUUUUCAUGGCGUUGCCAUGGUGUCCUCCGCACCGCCAACACCUGGUGCCUGCUGGGUAAUAUAGCAUAAUAUCUCUCACUUUGUCCAAAGUCGUGGUCAGAGCGCUGCAGCUGCCCUCCGCCCAGUCCUGACCUUAAUAACCGGGAACAGAACCGCCGAGGGGCAGCACGGCGGUCUAAACCCGUCUGGACCGGACCGGACUGGACUGGCUCGGCUCAGCUCGGCUCGGUGUUGGCCCUGCAUCCAUCAUUAGAUCGUCAGUCUGCGCUGCUCUGCAUGUUGAAACCAGUCAGCUGCUCUCGGCUGUUCCUGACAUUAACCCUCUGAACUCUCAUUGUUCUUCACCGAGGUUUAUUUUUCACUCCGAAAAAAAGUCCUGCAGCUCCGUGGAAACAAAACAAGAAGGAGCGAGAACUCAGAAAUGUCACAGUUAGAAAAAAAUGAAAGUGUAGUUUAUUUUUUUGCAAAACAACUAAAAAUCAACACAUCUGUUAGCAACACUGGAACUCAGAGGGCGCAGUCCUCCUCCAAGGCUGCUCAUUCCCUCAUGUCAGAAAUGCAACAUUUUUUUAUUAGUUACUGAAGAUCAGAGAAUGUGUCCAUUUAAUAUAGAUGAACCCACAAACAAAAUGACCUUGCGCUGAGCACAGGCGUGUGUUAUGCAUGUGUACGUUAUGUACGGAUACCGAAUUUCAUGACCUAAAUAUGUGGCGGGAAUUGAUGGGACUCAGAAACACCCCCACAAUUUAAUCAGUUGUUCCUUGGAUCAUUUCUGAUGGAUAAGUCCUGAUAAGUCCUCAGUGGUGGAUUUGUAGUAGAAUCACAAUCAUGUUAUCGUCAGCAGGCAGCUGAUGUAUUGUUCACUUGUUGUCAUGGUUACAGUAACGCCGUGCCACUAUCUGGCAAUGAUACAGAAAUAUUUAACAAAUCCGUGGAUCCAGACUAUAAGCUGUAUCACUGCCAGAAUCUAAUCACUUGGUCCUUGUGUCAUUUCUGAGCUUCCCUGGAAAUUUCAUCCAAAUCUGUUAGUCUGUUUUUGAGUAAUGUUGCUAACAGUCAGAUGGACGGACGGACAGAGACGGACAGACAGACAGACACAAACAGACAGAUGUAUUCACGCCCUCUCUGCUCUGUGGAAACACUGCUUGCAGUUCAGCCGAGGCAUUCCUGAAUUUUUGCUUUGCGACUCUUGAUCACAGUUGAAUCAUUCACGGCUGCAUGUAGCAGCACAGAAUUUUUUGCUUUUUAUAGAAGGUGCUUGAUGCAAUUUUCACAAAAUUUUCCAUGUAAAUCAAGUUAUUUUGAUGCCAAAUCAUGAUUUUAAGCUAAGUUUUUUGCAAUGUGAUACAGGUAGAAUGACAGAAAUCUGAAAGUAGAGCAAAUUCUUUGGCUAUUUUUUUUUUUAAACAAUUAAUGGAAAACCUAGAAUCCUGCAGAAUCAAUUGUGUGGAGGGAAUCAUUUUUAGUUUUAUUUAUUUUAUUUUUUUACAAAAUCUGUAGUGUUUUUGGCAAAUUUUAACUGGUUUUGAUGAGAUAUUACAGUUUUAAUCUUCGAUUUGAUUUAUAGUAUUGUUAUUUUUAUAGAUUUUACAGCACAAUAACCG